AUGCAACAAGGACAACAAGGUUACGUACAACAAGUUCACCAAUUACCUGUCUCUAGUGAAUCCCAAAUGCCACAUCAGCAAGUUCCUCAACCUUUACCUCAGCCUCAAAUUCCACAGCAACCCCAAGUACCACAACAAGCUUCUCCUCAACCAGUGCAACAUCUACCAGCUCAAUUACCACAACAAGUUUCUCCUCAACCACAACAGAUUCAAGUAGCACCAGUCCAAUCAACUAUUCCAACUCCACCUCAAGGUGCAACCCCAGCAGCUCCACCAACUUUAGCACCAAUACCAAGCCAAGUUCCAACACAAACUCAACCAACUCUUGAAACAAAGCCAGCUGUCACUCCUAGUGAAACACUUCCACAGAAGAGACCAAUUGAUAGCAAUAUUCAUACUCUGGUUAAUGCAGCAGUUUCAACUACCUCUCCUGGAUCUACUGAAGGAAAAAGUGCAGAAUUACCAAAACCAACUGAAGCUGAAUCUCUUCCAGCUUCAGAAGUCGAGGAACCAGCUGCAAAAAAGUUGAAGCCAUCUCCUUCCCAAAAUUCGGAAGAACCUGAAAGCACCACUGAUAAGGAACCUGCUGCAGGAACUGAAACUUCAACCACAAUCUUAGCACCAAUUACAGAACCUUCAGCAGGAAGUAAUGCUUCAUCUGUGAAAAUUGAUGAAAGAGCAGAAACUACUACUUUACCACCAUUGGCAUCUACUGUAGCAACUGACGCCAUUAAGAAUAACGAAUCUGAAGCUGCUGAGUCAAUUCCCGCUGUAACACCAUUAGCACCAAUAGCUGCUAUUGAGAUCAAAAAAACUGAGGCUUCCCCGGAAUCAGCUUCUCCAGCCGCUCAAGAAUCCGUAACUGAAGAAUCAAUAGUCGUUAAAACUGCUGCUGAAGAACCAGCUGCUGAACAAUCACCUACUGAACAUUCAAAUGUAGAGGUACCAACUACUGUAGUGCCAGUAGUUGAGAAACCAGUCGCUGAAGAACCGGUCACUGAAGAGCCAGUUGCUGAAGAGCCAGUUGUCGAAGAGCCAGUUGUCGAAGAACCAGUUGUUGAAGAACCAGUUGUUGAAGAACCAGUUGCUGAAAAACCAGUCACUGAAGAGCCAGUUGUCGAAGAGCCAGUUGUCGAAGAACCAGUUGUCGAAGAACCAGUUGUUGAAGAACCAGUUGUUGAAGAACCAGUUGUUGAAGAACCAGUUGCUGAAAAACCUGCCUCGGAAGAACCUUCUGGUGUGAAUAUUCCUGAAGAAGCUACAAAAGCUCCAGAAGUUGAAACUGAAGAAGUAACCUCUGAAGCUCAACCAAUUGAAUCCAAUCAAGAAUCUUCAGAUUCUCAAGUUACUGAAGCUCAGAUUGAAAAGGAACAAGCCACAAAUGAAGCAGAAGAAACUAAAGCCGAAGAACCUGCCGGUGUUGUAGCUGAAGAAUCAAAGGAAACUGAGAGCCCAGUUAGUGAAGAGCCAAUUGUUAACGGUACUUCUGAAUCGAAAGAUGCAACUCCAGCUGAAGACUCUGCUACUGUCAUUAAACCAACAGCUGAAGCACUAGAGAAAUUACAAGAAGAUGCUAAGAAUCGUGAAGAAGAAGAACGUGAAAGAACUGAAGAGAAUAAAGAAAAGGAAACAGAAAAUGAAGUAACCUCUAGUGAAAAGGUAGUUAGAGAGGUUGAAGAAGAUGAAGAAUAUGAUGAAUAA